AACAUUACGAGCAAUUCAAGCGUCUACGCGACAAACUGAUAAAUGAGCCAAAAAAUCUAUCUCUUGAGGAGAAGCUGAAAGUGUGCACAGAAAUUGGAAAGAUCUAUCAACUGAUGAAAACGUUAAGUCAAAAGAAAAUUCGUUUGACGGAGAGUGUCGAACAAAUUCUACGACUUAUUGCUAAUAAGGUGACAAAGGACCAACUUCAGUUCAAAUGGGAUUUAGAAGCAGAGAAUCCGCGCCAAGCGAGCCUGAUUCGUGAUGAAGACUCGAUUUCAAACUUCCUUGCCGAUGAGGAUAUAAACGAUUUGGAUGAUACCCCUCAAAUGCCAUCUCCUCCACGGGAAAUGCUCGAUAUUAUCAAGGACGAUCCCGGAUCAAUCUUCAAUUACGAUAAUAUCAGAAAUGGUGGUAUCUCUUCAAAGCCUCCACUCAACUUUUAUCACGGAACACUUCACGAAACAGUUCAACAGGCUUUUGACCCAGUUGGUAAAGGUGUGGAAGACCGACGACCGUUAGCUCUGUAUUUGCAUCAUGAUCGCGGGAUUGCAUCCAACAUUUUCCCACCAACUAUUCUUUGCUCCGAGUCAGUUUCC